CCCCUCCGGUCGAAAGAGGCAUAGGGAUCACCAGCGCCGGCGGAGCCAGAGGCUUCUUGGAGGCUGUGUCCGCACGCCGCCGAAGUCUGGCGGCAGGGCCUUAGCGCGUCAGGUCCUCGUCCCCGGGGGCGGCGAGGGCGGCGAGCCGCUGGGGCGGCGCGGGUCGGGACCCAGGGCACCGUCGAGCUAGGGCGCGGCGGGCGUUGGCGCGGCUGCCGGACCUGGGCCUGCGCGGACCGCCCGCGGAGCGCGUCUUGGGCUGUCUUUCCAUUUCAAAGUGAUUAUUCUUUUGGAUUUUUCUGCAGACGUGACUUUUGAUUAAUUUGUUUCACGCACCACUUACUGGACUAACAACUGGGAGGAAGCUGGAGGAAAGAUGCCCUCUGAUUCUUUCUGUUUGGCUGCCCAGACUCGACUUGACUCCAAAUGGUUGAAAACAGAUAUACAGCUUGCUUUCACACGAGAUGGGCUCUGUGGCCUGUGGAAUGAAAUGGUUAAAGAUGGAGAAAUUGUAUAUACUGGGACAGAAUUAAACCAGAAUGGAGAGCUUCCUUCUAGAAAAGAUGAUGGAGUUGAUACUCAAAGUGGAACAAAGAAAGAAGAUCUGAAUGACAAAGAGAAAAGAGAUGAAGAAGAAACUCCUGCACCUGCAUGUAGGGCCAGAUCAAUCCUAGAGAGCUGGGUAUGGGGCAAACAACCAGAUGUGAAUGAAUUGAAGGAAUGUCUUUCUGUGUUGGUUAAAGAGCAGCAAGCUCUGGCCAUCCAGUCAGCCACUACCACCCUUUCAGCCCUGAGACUCAAGCAGAGGCUGGUCAUCUUGGAACGAUAUUUCAUUGCCUUGAAUAGAACUGUUUUCCAAGAGAAUGUCAAAGUUAAGUGGAAAAGCAGCAGUAUUUCUUUGCCUCCUGUGGACAAAAAAAGUUCCCGACCCACAGGCAAAGGAGUUGAAGGACUUGCGAGAGUCGGAUCCCGAGCAGCUCUCUCCUUUGCCUUUGCCUUUUUACGCAGGGCGUGGCGAUCAGGUGAAGAUGCGGAUCUAUGCAGCGAGCUAUUGCAGGAGUCCCUGGAUGCCCUGAGAGCCCUGCCUGAGGCCUCGCUCUUUGAUGAGAGCACAGUGUCCUCUGUGUGGCUGGAGGUGGUAGAGAGAGCAGCCAAGUUCCUUAGAUCCGUCGUGACAGGAGAUGUUCAUGGAACGCCUGGUACCAAAGGGCCAGGAAGCAUCCCCCUGCAGGACCAGCACCUGGCCCUGGCCAUUCUGUUAGAGCUGGCUGUGCAGAGAGGCACACUGAGCCAGAUGUUAUCUGCCAUCCUGUUGUUGCUUCAAUUGUGGGACAGUGGGACGCAGGAAACUGACAAUGAGCGGUCUGCCCAGGGUACCAGUGCUCCUCUUCUCCCUUUGCUGCAAAGAUUCCAGAGUAUCAUCUGCAGUAAAGAUGCCCCUCAUAUAGAAGGUGACGCUCACCUUUUGUCUGGUCCUCUGAGCCCUAACGAGAGUUUUCUGAGAUACCUUACUCUUCCACAAGAUAAUGAGCUCGCCAUUGACUUACAACAAACUGCAGUUGUUGUCAUGGCCCAUUUAGACCGCCUGGCUACUCCCUGUAUGCCACCUCUGUGUAGCUCGCCAACAUCUCAUAAGGGAUCAUUGCAAGAGGUCAUAGGAUGGGGGUUAAUAGGAUGGAAAUACUAUGCCAAUGUGAUUGGUCCAAUUCAGUGUGAAGGACUUGCCAAUCUGGGAGUCACGCAAAUUGCCUGUGCUGAGAAGCGCUUCCUGAUCUUGUCAAGGAAUGGCCGUGUGUACACGCAGGCCUACAACAGUGACACACUGGCCCCACAGCUGGUCCAGGGUCUUGCCUCCAGAAACAUUGUAAAGAUUGCUGCCCAUUCUGAUGGUCACCACUACCUGGCUCUGGCAGCCACCGGAGAGGUGUACUCCUGGGGCUGUGGGGAUGGAGGACGGUUGGGCCAUGGGGACACUGUGCCUUUGGAAGAGCCUAAGGUGAUCUCUGCUUUCUCUGGAAAGCAGGCUGGGAAGCAUGUGGUGCACAUCGCAUGUGGAAGCACAUAUAGUGCAGCCAUCACUGCCGAGGGGGAGCUAUACACCUGGGGCCGAGGGAACUACGGCCGACUAGGCCAUGGCUCCAGUGAAGACGAGGCCAUCCCAGUGCUGGUAGCUGGGCUUAAAGGAUUGAAGGUCAUUGAUGUGGCAUGCGGGAGCGGGGACGCUCAAACCCUGGCUGUGACGGAGAAUGGUCAGGUGUGGUCUUGGGGAGAUGGUGACUAUGGAAAAUUGGGCAGAGGUGGUAGUGAUGGCUGCAAAACACCAAAGCUUAUUGAAAAGCUUCAAGACUUGGAUGUUGUGAAAGUCCGAUGUGGAAGUCAGUUUUCUAUCGCUUUGACGAAAGAUGGCCAGGUUUAUUCAUGGGGAAAAGGUGACAAUCAGAGACUAGGGCAUGGAACAGAGGAACAUGUUCGUUAUCCCAAACUCUUGGAAGGCUUGCAAGGGAAGAAGGUAAUUGAUGUGGCUGCAGGCUCCACCCACUGCCUGGCUCUGACUGAGGACAGUGAGGUCCAUAGCUGGGGCAGCAACGACCAGUGUCAGCACUUUGACACCUUGCGUGUGACCAAACCAGAACCUGCUGCGCUGCCAGGACUGGAUACCAAACACAUAGUUGGAAUUGCCUGUGGACCUGCUCAGAGUUUUGCUUGGUCAUCUUGUUCUGAGUGGUCCAUUGGCCUCCGUGUCCCUUUUGUGGUAGAUAUCUGCUCAAUGACUUUUGAGCAGCUGGACCUCCUACUACGGCAAGUGAGUGAGGGGAUGGACGGCACUGCUGACUGGCCUCCACCUCAAGAGAAAGAAUGUAUGGCUGUGGCAACACUGAAUCUUCUACGACUUCAGUUGCAUGCUGCCAUUAGUCACCAGGUUGACCCAGAAUUCCUUGGUUUAGGUCUGGGCAGCGUCCUCCUCAACAGCCUGAAACAGACUGUGGUGUCUCUGGCCAGCAGUGCAGGUGUGCUGAGCACCGUGCAGGCAGCUGCCCAGGCUGUGCUGCAGAGUGGGUGGUCCGUGCUUCUGCCCACUGCUGAGGAAAGGGCCCGGGCGCUCUCUGCUCUCCUGCCCUGUGCAGUUUCAGGCAAUGAAGUAAACAUAAGUCCAGGUCGUCGAUUCAUGAUUGAUCUUCUGGUGGGCAGCUUGAUGGCCGAUGGAGGCUUAGAGUCGGCCUUAAAUGCAGCCAUUACUGCAGAAAUCCAGGAUAUGGAAGCCAAAAAAGAAGCACAGAAGGAAAAAGAAAUUGAUGAACAGGAAGCCAGUGCCUCGACAUUUCAUAGAAGUAGGACUCCAUUGGAUAAAGAUCUUAUUAAUACUGGGAUCUAUGAAUCUUCUGGAAAACAGUGUUUGCCUCUGGUUCAGCUCAUACAACAGCUUCUUAGAAACAUUGCUUCUCAGACAGUAGCCAGAUUGAAAGAUGUUGCCCGUCGGAUUUCAUCAUGUCUAGACUUUGAGCAACAUAGUCGUGAAAGAACUGCUUCAUUGGAUUUGUUGCUGCGCUUUCAGCGCCUACUUAUCAGUAAACUUUAUCCAGGAGAAAGUAUUGGUCAGACCUCAGAUAUAUCUAGUCCUGAGCUUAUGGGUGUUGGUUCCUUGCUGAAGAAGUACACAGCCCUUUUGUGCACACACAUUGGAGAUAUACUGCCUGUGGCAGCCAGCAUUGCUUCCACCAGCUGGCGGCACUUUGCAGAGGUGGCCUGCAUUGUGGAAGGGGACUUCACUGGUGUUCUCCUUCCAGAACUAGUAGUUUCUAUAGUGCUUCUGCUCAGUAAAAAUGCUGGUCUCAUGCAGGAGGCUGGAGCUGUCCCUCUGCUGGGUGGCCUGUUAGAACACCUGGAUCGGUUCAAUCACCUUGCACCGGGAAAGGAAAGGGAUGAUAAUGAAGAGUUAGCCUGGCCUGGCAUCAUGGAAUCAUUUUUUACAGGUCAGAACUGUAGAAAUAAUGAGGAGGUGACACAGAUACGCAAAGCUGAUUUGGAGAACCACAAUAAAGAUGGAGGCUUCUGGACUGUGAUUGAUGGGAAAGUAUAUGAUAUAAAGGACUUCCAGACACAGUCAUUGACAGGAAAUAGUAUUCUUGCUCAGUUUGCAGGGGAAGACCCAGUGGUAGCUUUGGAAGCUGCUUUGCAGUUUGAAGACACCCGGGAAUCAAUGCAUGCCUUCUGUGUUGGCCAGUAUCUGGAGCCUGACCAAGAAGUUGUUACCAUACCAGAUCUGGGAAGUCUCUCUUCACCUCUGAUAGACACAGAAAGGAAUCUGGGCCUACUUCUCGGAUUACAUGCUUCCUAUUUAGCUAUGAGCACACCACUGUCUCCGGUUGAGAUCGAAUGUGCCAAGUGGCUUCAGUCAUCCAUCUUCUCUGGAGGCCUACAGACCAGCCAGAUCCACUAUAGCUACAAUGAGGAGAAAGACGAGGACCAUUGUAGCUCUCCUGGAGGCACUCCUGCUAGCAAGUCCCGACUCUGCUCCCACAGACGGGCCUUGGGCGACCAUUCCCAGGCAUUCCUGCAAGCCAUUGCUGACAAUAACAUACAGGAUCACAAUGUGAAGGACUUUCUGUGUCAAAUAGAAAGGUACUGUAGGCAGUGCCAUUUGACCACACCAAUCACUUUUCCUCCUGAGCACCCUGUGGAAGAGGUUGGCCGCUUACUAUUAUGUUGCCUUUUAAAGCAUGAAGAUUUAGGUCACGUGGCAUUAUCUUUAGUUCAUGCAGGAACACUUGGUAUUGAGCAAGUAAAGCACAGAACAUUGCCUAAAUCAGUAGUGGAUGUUUGUAGAGUUGUUUACCAAGCAAAAUGCUCACUCAUUAAGACGCAUCAAGAACAGGGUCGUUCUUACAAGGAAGUCUGCGCUCCAGUCAUUGAACGUUUGAGGUUCCUCUUUAAUGAACUAAGACCUGCAGUUUGUAAUGAUCUCUCUAUAAUGUCCAAGUUUAAACUGUUAAGUUCUUUGCCCCGUUGGAGGAGGAUAGUUCAGAAGAUAAUUCGAGAACGAAGGAAAAAGAGAGUUCCUAAGAAGCCAGAAUCUACAGAUGAUGAAGAAAAAAUUGGAAAUGAAGAGAGCGAUUUAGAAGAAGCUUGCAUUUUGCCACAUAGUCCUAUAAAUGUGGAUAAAAGACCCAUUACAAUUAAAUCACCUAAGGAUAAAUGGCAACCACUGUUGAGUACCGUUACAGGUGUUCACAAAUACAAGUGGUUGAAGCAGAAUGUUCAGGGUCUCUAUCCCCAGUCUGCGCUCCUCAGUACAAUUGCUGAAUUUGCCCUUAAGGAAGAGCCAGUGGAUGUGGAAAAAAUGAGAAAGUGCCUACUAAAACAGUUGGAGAGAGCAGAAGUUCGUCUGGAAGGGAUAGAUACAAUUUUAAAACUGGCAACCAAAAAUUUCUUACUUCCAUCUGUGCAGUAUGCUAUGUUCUGUGGAUGGCAAAGACUUAUUCCUGAGGGGAUUGAUAUAGGGGAACCUCUUACGGAUUGCCUAAAGGAUGUUGAUUUGAUCCCACCUUUUAAUCGGAUGCUGCUGGAAGUAACUUUUGGCAAGCUAUAUGCUUGGGCUGUUCAGAAUAUUCGAAAUGUUUUGAUAGAUGCAAAUGCAAAAUUUAAAGAGCUUGGUAUCCAGCCUGUCCCUCUACAAACCAUUACCAAUGAGAACCCGUCAGGACCAAGCCUGGGGACGACCCCACAAGCUCGCUUUCUCCUGGUGAUGCUCAGCAUGCUUACCCUGCAACAUGGUGCAAACAACCUGAACCUCCUGCUGAACUCUGGCAUGCUUGCCCUGACACAGACAGCACUUCGGCUGAUUGGUCCUAGUUGUGAUAAUGUUGAAGAGGAUAUGAAUGCUUCUGCCCGAGGAGCUUCUGCUACAGUUUUGGAAGAGACAAGAAAGGAAACGGCUCCUGUACAGCUGCCAGUUUCAGGGCCAGAACUGGCUGCCAUGAUGAAGAUUGGAACCAGGGUCAUGAGAGGCGUUGAUUGGAAAUGGGGUGAUCAGGAUGGACCUCCUCCUGGUCUUGGGCGUGUGAUUGGUGAACUUGGAGAGGACGGAUGGAUCAGGGUCCAGUGGGACACAGGCAGCACCAACUCCUACAGGAUGGGGAAAGAAGGGAAGUAUGACCUCAAGUUGGCGGAGCUGCCAGCCUCAACACAGCCCUCAGCAGAGGACUCGGACACAGAGGAUGACUCUGAAGCUGAACAAAUUGAAAGGAACAUUCAUCCCACUGCAAUGAUGCUUACCAGUACUGUUAAUUUACUACAAACUCUUUGUCUCUCUGCUGGAGUCCAUGCUGAAAUCAUGCAGAGUGAAGCCACCAAGACCCUGUGUGGACUGCUGCGAAUGUUAGUGGAAAGUGGAACGACGGACAAGACAUCUUCCCCAAACAGGCUGGUCUGCCGGGAGCAGCACCGGAGCUGGUGCACGUUGGGCUUUGUGCGGAGCAUUGCACUCACGCCACACAUGUGUGCUGCCCUGAGCUCCCCACAGUGGAUUGCCCUGCUCAUGAAGGUUGUGGAGGGACAUGCACCUUUCACUGCUGCCUCGCUGCAGCGACAGAUCUUAGCUGUGCAUUUACUGCAAGCAGUGCUUCCAUCAUGGGACAAGAUCGAAAGGGCAAGGGACAUGAAAUGCCUUGUGGAAAAGCUGUUUGGUUUCUUGGGCAGCUUGCUCACCACCUGUUCUUCAGAUAUCCCGUUCCUCAGAGAAUCUACUCUGAGGCGGCGGAGGGCACGCCCACAGGCCUCUCUGACUGCCACUCAUAGCAGCACCUUGGCAGAAGAGGUGGUGGCACUGCUCCGCACACUCCACUCCCUGGGUCAGUGGAACGGCCUCAUAAACAAGUACAUCAACUCUCAGCUCCACUCUGUCACCCGCAGCUGCACAGGAAAGCCACCAGAGGGGGCCCUGUUAGAGGAUUACUUUCCUGACUCCGAAAACCCAGAGGUGGGGGGCCUCAUGGCAGUCCUAGCUGUGAUCGGAGGCAUCGAUGGUCGCCUGCGCCUGGGGGGACAAGUCAUGCAUGAUGAGUUUGGAGAAGGCACGGUGACUCGCAUCACCCCAAAGGGCAGAAUCACUGUACAGUUCUCAGACAUGCGGAUGUGUCGCGUUUGCCCAUUGAAUCAGCUCAAACCACUCCCUGCUGUGGCAUUCAGUGUCACCAACCUCCCCUUCACAGAGCCUAUGCUAUCUGUCUGGGCUCAAUUGGUAAACCUUGCUGGAAGCAAACUGGAAAAGCACAAAGUAAAGAAGUCACCUAAACCGGGUUUUGCAGGACAAGUAGACCUGGAGCUGCUGAGGUGCCAGCAGUUAAAACUGUACAUCCUGAAGGCGGGCCGUGCGCUGCUUUCACACCAGGACCAGCUUAGGCAGAUCUUGUCUCAGCCGGCUGUUCAGGAGGUCACAGCUGCUCAUACAGAUGAUGGAGCAGCUGCAUCCCCUGACCUUGGGGACAUGUCUCCUGAAGGGCCACAGCCUCCAAUGAUCCUCUUGCAGCAGUUACUGGCCUCGGCCACCCAGCCAUCUCCAGUGAAGGCCAUAUUUGACAAACAGGAGCUAGAGGCUGCAGCACUGGCCGUAUGUCAGUGUUUGGCUGUGGAGUCCACUCACCCGUCAAGCCCUGUGUUUGAAGACUGCAGCUCCAGUGAGGCCACAACACCUGUCCCUGUACAGCAUGUUCGCCCUGUCAGAGCAAAGAAGCGCAAACAGUCACCUGCUCCUGCUCUGCCUAUUGUGGUUCAACUCAUGGAAAUGGGAUUUCCUAGAAGGAACAUAGAGUUUGCACUGAAGUCACUCACUGGUGCCUCAGGGAAUGCUGCUGGCUUGCCAGGUGUGGAGGCCUUGGUUGGUUGGCUGCUGGACCAUGCUGAUGUGCAGGUCACAGAUCUUUCGGAUGCAGACACAGGGUCUGAGGAGUGUUCAGAUGAGGAGGUGGUGGAGGAUAUGGACGACGCAGCCUACGCUGUGUCUACUGGUGCUGUUGUAACAGAGAGCCAGACGUACAAAAAACGAGCUGAUUUCUUGAGUAAUGAUGAUUAUGCUGUCUAUGUGAGAGAGAAUAUUCAGGUGGGAAUGAUGGUUAGAUGCUGUAGAACAUAUGAAGAAGUGUGUGAAGGAGACGUGGGCAAAGUUAUCAAAUUGGAUAGAGAUGGAUUACAUGACCUUAAUGUGCAGUGUGAUUGGCAGCAGAAAGGAGGCACUUACUGGGUUAGGUAUAUUCAUGUGGAACUUAUAGGCUAUCCUCCACCAAGUUCUCCUUCUCACAUAAAGAUUGGUGAUAAAGUUCGUGUCAAAGCCUCAGUCACCACACCAAAAUACAAGUGGGGAUCUGUGACUCAUCAAAGUGUGGGGGUUGUAAAAGGUAAUAUUAUCCAGGCAACAAAAUUCCAGAUGUUAACUUUUCAUCAGCUAAUAAUAGGACAGUCUGCAAUAUUUUGUGGCCGUGCUGGAAAACAGCUGAAGCGUUGUCACAGCAGUCAGCCAGGAAUGCUGCUGGACAGCUGGUCCCGGAUGGUAAAGAGCCUAAAUGUGUCAUCCUCUGUGAACCAGGCUUCUCGUCUUAUUGAUGGCAGUGAGCCCUGCUGGCAGUCUUCUGGCUCACAAGGAAAGCAUUGGAUUCGUUUGGAGAUUUUCCCAGAUGUUCUUGUUCAUAGAUUAAAAAUGAUAGUUGAUCCUGCUGACAGUAGCUACAUGCCUUCCCUGGUUGUGGUGUCAGGUGGAAAUUCCCUAAAUAACCUAAUUGAACUAAAGACAAUCAACAUUAAUCCCACUGACACCACAGUGUCCCUUCUGAAUGACUGCACAGAGUAUCACAGGUAUAUUGAAAUUGCAAUAAAGCAGUGCAGGAGCUCAGGAAUUGAUUGUAAAAUUCAUGGUCUCAUCCUGCUGGGGCGGAUCCGUGCAGAGGAGGAAGAUUUAGCUGCAGUUCCUUUCUUAGCCUCUGAUAAUGAAGAGGAAGAAGAUGAAAAAGGAAACAGUGGGAGCCUUAUUAGAAAGAAGGCUGCAGGGCUGGAAUCAGCGGCUACAAUAAGAACCAAAGUGUUUGUGUGGGGACUGAAUGACAAGGACCAGCUGGGCGGCCUGAAGGGCUCUAAGAUAAAAGUUCCUUCGUUCUCGGAGACACUAUCUGCUUUGAAUGUAGUACAGGUGGCUGGUGGUUCUAAAAGUUUGUUUGCAGUGACUGUGGAAGGGAAGGUAUAUGCCUGUGGAGAAGCCACAAAUGGCCGGCUGGGGCUGGGCAUCUCUAGUGGGACUGUGCCCAUCCCUCGGCAGAUUACAGCUCUUAGCAGUUACGUGGUCAAGAAGGUGGCCGUUCAUUCAGGUGGCCGGCAUGCUACGGCUUUAACGGUUGAUGGGAAGGUGUUUUCCUGGGGUGAAGGUGACGAUGGCAAACUUGGACACUUCAGCAGAAUGAACUGUGACAAGCCACGGCUUAUAGAGGCCCUGAAAACCAAGCGUAUCCGAGAUAUUGCCUGUGGCAGCUCGCACAGCGCAGCCCUCACAUCCAGUGGGGAGCUGUACACCUGGGGCCUUGGAGAGUACGGCCGGUUGGGACAUGGGGAUAAUACAACACAACUGAAGCCCAAAAUGGUCAAAGUCCUUCUUGGUCACAGAGUAAUCCAGGUUGCAUGUGGAAGUAGAGAUGCACAGACCCUGGCUCUGACUGAUGAAGGUUUGGUAUUUUCCUGGGGUGAUGGUGACUUUGGAAAAUUGGGCCGAGGAGGAAGUGAAGGCUGUAACAUUCCCCAGAACAUUGAGAGACUGAAUGGACAGGGUGUGUGCCAGAUUGAGUGUGGAGCUCAGUUCUCCUUGGCUCUCACCAAGUCAGGAGUGGUAUGGACUUGGGGGAAGGGGGAUUACUUCAGGUUGGGCCAUGGCUCUGAUGUGCAUGUGCGGAAGCCACAGGUGGUGGAAGGGCUGAGAGGGAAGAAGAUUGUGCAUGUGGCCGUCGGGGCCCUGCACUGCCUAGCAGUCACAGACGCAGGGCAGGUUUAUGCUUGGGGGGAUAAUGACCAUGGCCAACAGGGCAAUGGUACGACCACGGUUAAUAGAAAGCCCACACUUGUGCAAGGCUUAGAAGGCCAGAAGAUCACACGAGUGGCUUGUGGGUCUUCACACAGUGUGGCAUGGACUACUGUUGAUGUGGCAACACCCUCUGUCCACGAGCCUGUUCUCUUUCAGACUGCAAGAGACCCUUUAGGUGCUUCAUAUUUAGGUGUGCCUUCAGAUGCUGAUUCUUCUGCUGCCAGUAAUAAAAUCAGUGGUGCAAAUAAUUCUAAGCCAAAUCGCCCUUCUCUUGCCAAGAUUCUUCUGUCAUUGGAUGGAAAUCUGGCCAAACAGCAGGCCUUGUCUCAUAUACUUACAGCAUUGCAAAUCAUGUAUGCCAGAGAUGCGGUGGUUGGGGCCCUCAUGCCAGCUGGCAUGAUCGCCCCAGUGGAGUGUCCCUCAUUCUCCUCCUCGGCACCUCCUUCUGAUGUGUCUGCUAUGGCCAGUCCUGUGAAUGCAGAGGAAUGUGUACUGGCUAUUGAUAUUGAAGACAGACUGAGUCCAAAUCCAUGGCAAGAAAAGAGAGGAGAGAUGAUCUCUUCUGAAGAUGCCAUGACCCCCUCUGCAGUGACCCCAUCUGCUUCCUCAGCUUCUUCUAGACCAUUUAUCCCAGUGACGGAUGACCCAGGAGCUGCCAGCAUCAUUGCAGAAACUAUGACAAAAACCAAAGAGGAUGUUGAAAGCCAAAAUAAAGCAACAGGCCCAGAACCUCAGUCCUUGGAUGAAUUCACUAGUCUGCUCGUUGCGGAUGACACUCGUGUCAUGGUGGACUUGCUGAAGUUGUCCGUAUGCAGCCGGGCAGGGGACAAGGGCAGGGAUGUGCUGUCAGCUGUGCUGUCUGGCAUGGGUACCGCAUACCCACAGGUGGCAGAUAUGUUGCUGGAGCUCUGUGUCACUGAGUUGGAGGAUGUGGCCACAGACUCGCAGAGUGGUCGCUUGUCCUCUCAGCCUGUGGUGGUGGAGAGUAGCCAUCCCUACACAGACGACACUUCCUCCAGUGGAACAGUGAAGAUACCAGGUGCAGAAGGACUCAGGGUGGAGUUUGACCGGCAGUGCUCUACAGAGAGGCGCCACGACCCUCUCACAGUCAUGGAUGGUGUCAACAGGAUUGUCUCCGUGCGGUCAGGCCGAGAAUGGUCUGACUGGUCCAGUGAGCUACGCAUCCCAGGGGAUGAGUUGAAGUGGAAGUUCAUCAGUGAUGGGUCUGUGAAUGGAUGGGGCUGGCGCUUCACAGUCUAUCCCAUCAUGCCAGCUGCAGGCCCUAAAGACCUCCUUUCUGAUCGCUGUGUCCUCUCCUGUCCGUCCAUGGACUUGGUGACAUGUCUGUUAGACUUCCGGCUCAAUCUCACCUCAAACAGAAGCAUUGUCCCUCGCCUUGCAGCAUCGCUGGCAGCCUGUGCACAGCUGAGUGCCUUAGCUGCCAGUCACAGAAUGUGGGCCCUUCAGAGACUGAGGAAGCUGCUUACAACUGAAUUUGGGCAAUCAAUUAACAUAAACAGGCUACUUGGAGAUAAUGAUGGAGAAGCAAGAGCUUUGAGUUUUACAGGUAGUGCUCUUGCUGCUUUGGUAAAAGGCCUUCCGGAAGCUUUGCAAAGGCAAUUUGAAUAUGAAGAUCCUAUUGUAAGAGGUGGCAAGCAACUGCUCCACAGCCCAUUCUUUAAGGUACUGGUAGCUCUUGCUUGUGACCUGGAGCUAGACACUCUCCCUUGCUGUGCUGAGACGCACAAGUGGGCUUGGUUCCGAAGGUACUGCAUGGCCUCCCGCGUUGCUGUGGCCCUGGACAAAAGAACACCAUUGCCACGUCUUUUUCUUGAUGAGGUGGCUAAGAAAAUUCGUGAGUUAAUGGCAGACAGUGAACACAUGGAUGUUCUCCACGAGAGCCACGACAUUUUUAAAAGAGAGCAAGAUGAACAACUUGUGCAGUGGAUGAACAGGCGACCAGAUGACUGGACUCUUUCUGCGGGUGGCAGUGGAACAAUUUAUGGAUGGGGGCAUAAUCAUAGGGGACAGCUUGGGGGCAUCGAAGGUGCAAAAGUUAAAGUUCCCACUCCAUGUGAAGCUCUUGCAACUCUCAGACCUGUGCAGUUAAUUGGAGGAGAACAGACUCUGUUUGCAGUGACAGCUGAUGGAAAGCUGUAUGCCACUGGAUAUGGUGCAGGCGGCAGACUAGGAAUUGGAGGGACAGAGUCGGUAUCUACCCCAACAUUACUUGAAUCCAUUCAACACGUGUUUAUUAAGAAAGUAGCUGUGAACUCAGGAGGAAAACACUGUCUUGCCCUCUCUUCAGAAGGAGAAGUUUACUCUUGGGGUGAGGCAGAAGAUGGGAAGUUGGGGCAUGGCAACAGAAGUCCAUGUGACCGCCCUCGCGUCAUUGAGUCUCUGAGAGGAAUUGAAGUGGUUGAUGUUGCUGCCGGUGGAGCCCACAGUGCCUGUGUCACCGCAGCAGGGGACCUCUACACAUGGGGCAAAGGCCGGUAUGGCCGCCUGGGGCACAGCGACAGUGAGGACCAGUUAAAGCCAAAGCUGGUGGAAGCACUGCAGGGCCACCACGUGGUUGAUGUUGCCUGUGGUAGUGGAGAUGCCCAGACCCUCUGUCUCACUGAUGAUGACACCGUCUGGUCCUGGGGGGAUGGGGACUACGGCAAGCUUGGCAGAGGAGGCAGUGAUGGCUGUAAAGUACCCAUGAAGAUUGAUUCUCUUACAGGCCUUGGAGUGGUUAAAGUAGAAUGUGGAUCCCAGUUUUCUGUUGCCCUUACCAAAUCUGGCGCUGUUUAUACAUGGGGCAAAGGUGACUAUCACAGGCUGGGCCAUGGAUCUGACGACCAUGUUAGAAGACCUCGUCAGGUUCAGGGGUUGCAGGGGAAGAAAGUCAUUGCCAUUGCCACUGGCUCCCUGCAUUGUGUGUGCUGCACUGAGGACGGUGAAGUUUAUACGUGGGGCGACAAUGAUGAGGGACAACUGGGAGAUGGAACCACAAAUGCUAUCCAGAGGCCUCGGUUGGUAGCUGCCCUUCAGGGUAAGAAGGUCAACCGGGUGGCCUGCGGCUCAGCACACACCCUUGCCUGGUCAACCAGCAAGCCUGCCAGUGCUGGGAAGCUGCCUGCACAGGUUCCCAUGGAAUACAAUCACUUGCAGGAAAUCCCCAUAAUAGCACUGCGGAACCGGCUGCUGCUUCUGCAUCACAUCUCAGAGCUCUUCUGCCCCUGUAUCCCCAUGUUCGACCUGGAGGGCUCUCUGGAUGAAACUGGACAUGGGCCUUCUGUGGGGUUUGACACUCUACGAGGAAUUCUGAUAUCCCAGGGAAAGGAGGCAGCUUUCCGUAAAGUAGUACAAGCAACUAUGGUGCGAGAUCGCCAGCAUGGGCCUGUGGUAGAGUUGAACCGAAUUCAGGUCAAACGUUCAAGGAGUAAAGGUGGCCUAGCAGGCCCCGACGGGACCAAGUCUGUCUUUGGGCAGAUGUGUGCUAAGAUGAGCUCGUUUAGUCCUGACAGCCUCCUCCUCCCCCACCGUGUCUGGAAAGUCAAGUUUGUGGGUGAAUCUGUGGAUGACUGUGGUGGUGGCUACAGUGAGUCCAUAGCUGAGAUCUGUGAAGAACUGCAGAAUGGACUCACCCCCCUUCUGAUCGUGACGCCCAAUGGUAGAGAUGAGUCAGGUGCCAACCGUGACUGCUACCUGUUCAGCCCGGCCGCUAGGGCGCCCGUGCACACCAACAUGUUCCGCUUUCUGGGUGUGUUACUAGGCAUUGCUAUCCGGACUGGGAGUCCCUUGAGCCUCAACCUGGCUGAGCCUGUUUGGAAGCAGCUGGCUGGGAUGAGCCUCACCAUUGCAGACCUCAGCGAGGUUGAUAAAGAUUUUAUCCCUGGGCUGAUGUACAUCCGUGACAAUGAAGCCACCUCAGAGGAGUUUGAGGCCAUGAGCCUGCCCUUCACUGUGCCAAGUGCAAGUGGUCAGGACAUCCAGCUGAGCUCCAAGUACACACACAUCACCCUGGACAACCGUGCAGAGUAUGUUCGGCUGGCAAUAAACUACAGACUCCAUGAAUUUGAUGAGCAGGUGGCUGCUGUUCGGGAGGGAAUGGCCCGAGUUGUGCCUGUCCCCCUUCUUUCUCUGUUCACUGGAUAUGAGUUGGAGACAAUGGUGUGUGGCAGCCCAGAUAUCCCUCUGCAUCUUUUAAAGUCGGUGGCAACGUACAAAGGGAUCGAGCCUUCUGCGUCCCUGAUCCAGUGGUUCUGGGAGGUGAUGGAGUCCUUCUCCAACACAGAGCGUUCCCUCUUCCUUCGCUUUGUGUGGGGCCGGACGAGACUGCCCAGGACCAUCGCAGACUUCCGGGGCAGAGACUUUGUCAUCCAGGUAUUGGAUAAAUACAACCCUCCUGACCACUUCCUUCCUGAGUCCUACACCUGCUUCUUUUUGCUGAAGUUGCCUAGGUAUUCCUGUAAGCAGGUGCUGGAGGAGAAGCUGAAAUAUGCCAUCCACUUUUGCAAAUCAAUAGACACAGAUGAUUACGCUCGCAUAGCCCUUACGGGAGAGCCGGCUGCUGAUGACAGUAGUGACGACUCGGAGAACGAGGAUGUGGAUUCAUUUGCUUCAGACUCUACACAGGAUUAUUUAACAGGACACUGAGAUAGAGAAAUGCCAUUCAUCGCAAGACACCACGAGACUGAGCAAGAAGGCAGAGCAUUACAGUUUAGAGUGCAGGAGGUAUAAUGUAUUUGAUGAGAAAUAUUAGGUCUCUAAAAUGCAUGGGGGUGGUCAGGGAGACUGAUCGCUGGUGAUUGAACAAUGAAUAGAAUAAUGAUUGGGAAAUCAGCCCUUGCACGAGGGGCACUAUGUGGACACUAACAUUUAUUUUUGAGACUUAAAAGGGUCUUCUCACCCAUAAUGCUGCAUUACAUGUAGGACUUCUGUGUUUACUACAGUGUGUAAAUGUUUAUAUAAAUACUGAAUUGCAGCAUCCCAAAAUGAAUAAAAAGCCUUUUUACUUGUGGGUGCGAUAGACUGUGUUUUUUUCUUUUUUUUCUUUUCAAGUGUUGUGCAUUGUCUUGAUUGUACAUUGGAAAUACUGUGUAAUGACUAAAUCGUAUUAUAAAUACUUCAAUAUUACCCUGAAUUUGUUUAUUAAAAGUUUUUUGAACAUUAAAUGAUCAGUAUUACUUGAAUGCAUCCAGAGAUUAUUUAAAUCAAAACCAAAAUAAAAAGGCCCUUGGUCUCCCUCUUCUCCCCAGGUGCACAUUUUAGCAUAUACGGUAUGUAACUUGAAUUGAGGCCUUUCUGUGAGCAGUAUCUAUGAUAGAAGGUAUACUAUAUAUAAUGCUUGUGUCUUGUAUAUCCCUAAAUUUUAAUUCCCUAUGAAUAAAACAUCUGUCACAAAA